AAAAAACCUUCAUCUUGCCCCAACGCCUCAUAGACAUGAACAGCAGUGACGACUACAACGACUAUGGUGACGGCUACGCCUCGGGAGGUUUUGACGAGGACGCAUUGAACGACCAAGACUACGACCUCCUACACGACAUGCUUCCUCCCUUCAAAGAGCGGCUUCAGAACAGCAGCUACACUGACAUUCCGGAUGAUCUCCUCAAGGAAUACAUAUGGGAGGCAAACUUCGAUCCCGACGAGGCCUUUGUCAUUGUCCAGGAGAACCACAAACCCCAAAAAAUCACCAAAAAUUUCAAAAAUCCAAGCCCCGAUGAUAAGAGGAAAGUAGUAGAGUCCCUUUCAGAGAAAGUUGCAAAAGUAACUUUGGAAAAAGAGAAAGAGAAAGAGGUCAUCAAAAAGAAAGAAGCAACUGCUACAAAACCAAAGUCAAAAAUUAAUUUACAGGAGGAACUUGAACGUAAAGCGGACAAACCAUUGUUAUCUUUGAUUGUAAUAGGACACGUUGAUAGCGGAAAGUCAACGACAAUUGGUAGAUUGUUGUAUGAUUUAGGUAUUGUUGACUCUCGUACGUUACAUAAGCUUACUCGUGAUGCUGAACUUGCAGGAAAAGGUUCAUUUUCCUUGGCCUGGGUUAUGGAUCAAACUCCAGAAGAAAGAUCUCGUGGUGUUACCGUUGACAUCGUCCAAACACAAUUUGAAACAGCAAAAAUGAGAUUUGCUGUCAUUGAUUCGCCAGGGCAUCGUGAUUAUGUUCCACAAAUGAUCAAUGGUAUUACCCAGGCCGAUGUUGCCGUUGUCAUUAUUGAUGCUACAUCAGACUUGAUUUUUGAAGCUUCUAAUGUCAACAGCCAUUUCAUUUCUUCGGAUGCUUCUCAACCUGAAAUUGCAAAAGGCCAAACAUUUGAGCAGCUUACUAUUGCCAGAAACUUGGGUAUACAACGAGUAUUGAUUGUUGUCAAUAAAAUGGACGUUAUUGGGUGGGAUCAAGAUAGGUUCAAGUUGAUAGAAGAAUCUUUAACAUCUUACUUAGUGGAAACUCUCAGCUUCUCAGAAAAUGAGUUGAGCUUUGUUCCGGCAUCAGGAUUCAAAGGAGAUAAUAUUGUAAAGAAAAGUGAUCAGUGUCCAUGGUACAAAGAAUCAAUAACUCUUUUCCAAUAUUUAGAAAAAAUGAACGAAGACACACAUCGGACUUUUGAACAGAUGACAUCGGAUGUUGAUGACCCAUUUGUACUCACUGUUACAGAUAUCACAAGUGGUUCAAAUUCUGACUCUACUAAGAAACCUGAUCAACUAACUAUACAUGGUCGUGUUAACAGUGGCGUCUUGCAGCCAGGUGAGUCUCUCAAACUCUGGCCUUCUGGAGAAACAGCUCAAGUUGAUAGUGUAGUGACAACCAUUUCACAGAUCUCAGAGUUGGCUAAAAAGAAUGACAAUUCUGCUACAAGUAAUCGAGUCAAUGAAAAAAUUACUGUUGCCGGUGAAUUUGUGGAAAUCAAGCUACGCAAGAUAGAAUUGCCAGAUGCUAUCUGCAUUGGUGAUGUGGCCACCAAAAUCACUUCCAACUCUGAUAAAGAUGCCAAUGUUUGUUGCUGUCAAAAGCUGGAAUGUGAACUUCGUAUGUUUGGACUAACGCGUCCGGUUCUCGUGGGUACUCCAUUUGUACUUUUCCGGGGUAAUGUUUCAUAUGCCGCAAAGUUAUCGGCAAUUGAAUGGGUUGAAACAAAGAUCACUGGUGAUGACGGGGCUAUAAAAUUUAAGAAAAACAAGAAAAGGAAGCAUUUAAGUUCAUCCCAGCGUGCAAGAGUUGUGAUCGAAACAGAGAAGCCUGUUCCAAUUGUAGAACUAUCAUCUGAAGAAAAGGCAUCUGAGAAUGAGGACGGUUUACACGGUAUUGAUAAACUGAAGAGAAUAGUACUCAGAAAGGAGGGUAUGACUGUAGGUGCUGGCAAGAUAGUAUCUUUUGAAUGAUCUGUAUUCACUUGACCCCAUCUAUCCUAACAUGAAAUCGUUAGAUGAGGUUGCUAUAUAAACUAUAAUUACGACAACUAAAGAAUGUAAUCAACCAUCAACAAAAUCAAUGCAGCAAAAAAUAUUGCCCAUGCAAGUGUUUUAUUCCUUUUGCUGUUUUUCUCAUUUGCCUUGACCAAAACUGUAUUACCACUUUUGACGUUACCCACAAUUUCAUCCUUGUGUUGAUCCAUCAAUGUUAUGUUUUCAUUUUGCAUGGAAAGCUGAACUCCAAUUUCACGCACCAUGCUGGCAACAUCCAGCAUCGACGAUUCAAUCUGUGUCACUGCAUCUAAGGUACCUUUCUUUAGCUCCUCAGCUAGAGAGUCCUGUUCGGAUUGAAGUUGCAUCAGCUCAUGCUCUGGCAACUUGUCUUGCAACUUCUCAUAGUC